AUGACUAUGGGAAGGCUCUUAGUAAGAGCAUUCUCUUCUUUGAGGCUCAGAGGUCUGGGUACCUUCCAAAGAACCAGAGAAUCACUUGGAGAGCUGACUCUGCAGGUGGAUCUUGUUGGUGGGUACUAUGAUGCUGGGGAUAAUGUGAAAUUUGGUUUGCCAAUGGCUUUCACAAUCACAAUGAUGUCUUGGAGCAUUGUGGAAUAUGGGAAGCAAAUGAGUAGGAGUGGAGAGCUUAAGAAUGCCAUGGAGGCUGUCAAAUGGGGCACUGAUUACCUUAUUAAGGCUCACCCAGAACCCUAUGUCCUCUAUGGAGAGGUUGGAGAUGGCAACAGUGAUCACUAUUGUUGGCAGAGACCUGAAGACAUGACGACAAGCCGUCAAGCUUAUCGCAUUGAUCAAACCACCCCUGGAUCAGACUUGGCCGGAGAAACGGCGGCCGCCAUGGCUUCAGCCUCAAUUGUGUUCAAGCACUCUGAUCCUGCCUACUCUAAUCAGUUGCUCAACCAUGCUAAACAGCUCUUUGAGUUUGCGGACAAGUACAGGUCAAAGUAUGAUAGAAGUAUCACCGUUGCUCAGGAUUACUACCAAUCUAUUAGUGGAUACAUGGAUGAGCUCCUGUGGGCUGCUGCAUGGCUUUACCAAGCCACAGAUGAAAACUACUACCUUGAUUAUCUUGCCAACAAUGCCGAUGAAUUCGGUGGCACUGGAUGGGCUAUAACUGAGUUCGGAUGGGAUGUAAAGUUCGCCGGUGUGCAGGUUCUCGCAUCGAAGUUCCUGCUGCAAGGGAAGGCUGCACAUCACUCAUCAGUAUUAGAGAGGUACAAGCAAAAGGCAGAGAAUUUCAUGUGUUCAUGUAUCGGAAAAGGUGUUCGCAAUGUUCAGAGGACACCGGGAGGCUUGUUAUUCUGGCAGCGAUGGAAUAAUCUUCAGUUUGUAACAAGCUCUGCCUUCCUGCUAACUGUCUACUCUGAUUACCUCACUUCUUCUGGCCAGAAAGCACAAUGUGCUAAUCGAAUUGCGCCGCCUUCUGAGCUCUUAUCCUUUGCCAAGUCUCAGGUAGAUUACAUUCUUGGAGACAAUCCAAGAGCCACAAGCUACAUGGUUGGCUACGGAAGAACGUAUCCACAACAAGUACACCACCGGGGCUCUUCGAUUGUCUCUAUCAAAGCCAAUCCUUCAUUUGUGAGUUGCAGAGGUGGUUACCAAACUUGGUUCAGCCGUAAGGCCAGUGAUCCUAACCUCCUAGAUGGUGCCAUUGUUGGUGGCCCUGACGCUUAUGAUGAUUUUGCCGAUGAGAGGCACAACUAUGAGCAAACUGAACCUGCUACCUAUAACAAUGCUCCGUUGCUUGGUGUACUCGCUCGCCUCAAUGUCGGUAAUGCCGGAUUAAACCAAUUACUUCCAGUGAUGAUUAAUACCAAGCCUGUCAAUUCUCCUGCUCCUUCAGUUGCUAAGGUAUCACCACCUUUGAGUAUCACACAAACUGUAACAACAUCAUGGAAUGCAAAUGGAAAGACAUACUAUAGGUACUCCACCAUUUUGACAAACAAAGCAUCAAAGACUGUGAAGAACCUCAAGAUUUCAAUAUCUAAGCUUUAUGGCCCUCUCUGGGGUCUUAGAAACUCCGGCAAUGGUUAUGAAUUCCCUGCAUGGAUUGACUCCUUGCCUGCUGGAAAGAGCUUUGAGUUUGUGUACAUCCACUCUGCUUCUCCAGCUGAAAUUUGGGUCUCAGAGUAUACACUGGUUUGAAGUCUCUUCUGAAACUAACAAGGAUUGUUUAUGCACAGUCCUCAGCCAGGUUCUUUUUGCAGCCGUCUUUCUCAACAUUUAUGGUAUUUGGUUAGAAAGUUCAAUAAUAAUGUGAGGAAUUAUGGUGAAAGGAGUGAAGAGACAUUUGAGAGUGCUCAUCCUCUUUCAUCAUUGCCUCCAUUUUUAGAUAUGUAUUUGUACUCAUGGUAUGGCUAGGACUGAACAAAGCUCAAAGAUUGUUUGACUUGUUAUUCAUUAGCUUUGGUCUUUUUAGCGUUCGUUGUAUUUAUGGAAAUCUGUAGUCAUAUUGGCUUUUAAUUU